AUGGAUUCUCUCUCUACCGCUGCUCCCACCGCGGAUCCGUCCGAGCCUAACAGUGAGUUUCGAUGCAACGCUUGCGGCCUGGAAUUCCCUGAUAGUGCUGAGCAACGAGAUCACUACAAAUCAGAUUUCCAUGUUUACAACACUAAACGGAAGGUAGCUGGUUUGGCUCCGAUUUCCCCGCAAGUAUGGACGGCUCGAGUAGAGCAGUUGAAGCAGCUGGCAGAAGGCGUUGGAGAUACCAAAGGCACAGCUCAUCUGAAACAUAGAGACGAGGGGGAGGGCGUACAAGGUCACCACAAGGAGCGACGGGAGGAGAGCAACGGGCCGCAGGUGGAGAUAGUUCGGGACGAUAAGACCUGUUUGUUCGACAACACCCAGCACGCUACUGUUGAGGACAAUCUAGCUUAUAUGAGCCUCAAGUACUCCUUCUUCAUCCCGGAUAUCGACUACCUCAAGGACCUUCCCGGACUUCUCGCCAUGUUGACCGAGAAGAUAUAUGAGCGCCAUCAGUGUCUGUACUGCAAUAAGAUCUACAGUGGUGUUGGUGCUGUGAAGUCCCACAUGAUCGAUAUGAAACACACUAGAAUCGGUACGGAUACCGAUGAGUUGCUUGCCGACUUGGAUCCCUUCUACGACUUCAGCGCUUCCUAUUUGGAGUUGCAGGCUGCCGCCCCACAGGGGGAGGGAGAAGAAUAUGACAGCGACGAUGAUGAUAGUGAUGAUUGGACCGAAAUUGGUUCCGUUAGUGGUGAUGAGGAGGAUCUCGACGAGGCCGUCAUCCAAACUGGACUGCAAAGAGCUCAAAUUCUAGACGACGGGUCCCUCCGCCUCCCCAAUGGUAAGGUGGCAACCCAUCGUAUGUACGCCUACAUCUACAAGCAGCGACUCACCAACAACAGGGUUGGUGAUAAGCGUCAUGAGCCUCGGAGAGCUCUGCCGCAGCAGAAGAACGCCAUGCUGGCCAUCGCUGGGGGAGAUCAGUCAGGCGCUAUAAUGAGCAUGAAGAGCUAUCGGGAGCAGAAGCGAGAGGCGAAGUCCCUAUUAAAGUCCAUGCGAUUCAUGGACUUCGAGGCACAGAAGUCGCAAGUACGUAGUAACAUGCUGCAGAAGAGUCGAAAGGGUAGGACCAACCGACAAAAUGUCACCUUAUGGUCCUACGCCAAGUGAUCUGCUUCUUCGUAUGGGGACUGUGCUGCAAGUUCGUCCCUUAUCCUCUUCAUCAUUUAUUCCCUUCACUGUGGAAGAAACCUUCUAUACCCU